CCCAACGCUCGCGCCGAGCGCCCGGGGAGAGGGAAGGGACCUCCCGCCCCUGCGGGAUGCGGAACCUCUCGCGGGAAGAUGCGUCGUUGCCUCGGUAACCGCGUCGUGGCCGCGAAAGAUGGCGGGGCGAAGUCUUGGUCGGAGGGGACGCAGCGUUCCCGGGACGCCGCUCCCGUCGCGCGUGCGGCAGCCUGCGGCUCCCCGACGGGACCUCCUCGCCCAGGAGGAAGAAUAUAAGCGCUUAAAUGCAGAAUUGGAGGCAAAAACCGCUGACCUGGUUCGACAAGCUGAAGAAGUAAUUCGAGAUCAGCAAGAGGUACGAUCUAGGCCAAUUUCAUCACAAAUUAAAUCAUAUGAAGAGGAAGGUGAUUACAGUUUAAGAGGACUAUUAUCAGAUGAAGGGAUGAUUAAUCUGCAUUCAGAAACUAAGCUGAAAACCAAAAACAGUGGUCCUGUAAACAAGGUUCAAAACAAACUGCUAUCUGCUAAUAAAGGAAAGAAAACAAAUUCAAGUGCUAAAUUGAAAUACUCAGAUGUACACACUGCUGAUGAUGUUGCCAUUCCAGAGGAUUUCUCAGACUUUUCUCUGGCAAAAACAAUUAGCAAAAUUGAAGGGCAGCUAGAGGAAGAAGGCUUACCUGAAUGUGUAGAUGAUGAUAUCUUCUCUGGAAUUAGUAAAGACAUUGGAACAGAAGCACAGAUCAGAUUUCUAAAGGCCAAACUCCGUGUUAUGCAGGAGGAAUUGGAUAAUGUUGUGUGUGAAUGUAAUAAAAAAGAAGAUGAAAUUCAGGAUUUAAAGUCUCAAGUAAAAAAUUUUGAAGAAGAUUGUGGGAGACAGCAGCGAACAAUUAAUAUGCAACAGUCUCAACUAGAAAAAUAUAAAACUCUUUUUGAAGAAGCAAACAAAAAAUGUGAUGGAUUACAACAACAGUUAUCUUCAGUGGAAAGGGAAUUAGAAAAUAAAAAUAGACUUCAAAAACAGGCUGCCGCUAGUCAAAGUGCCACAGAGGUUCGCUUGAAUAGAGCUGUAGAAGAAGCAGAAAAAUAUAAAUUGGAGUUAAAUAAAUUAAGACAAAACAACAAGGAUAUAGCAAAUGAAGAACACAAAAAAAUUGAAGUAUUAAAAGCAGAAAACAAGAAACUAGAAAAACAAAAAGGAGAAUUAAUGAUGGGGUUCAAGAAACAAUUAAAAUUAAUUGAUGUUUUAAAAAGGCAGAAGAUGCCUGCAACAGCCAGGAUUGAGCCAGGCUAAAGCUAAGAUCCCAAUACAAUCUGGCUCUCCCACUUGGCGGCAGGGAACCAGGCACUUGAAGCAUCAUCUGCUGUCUCCCAGGGUGUGCAUUAGCAAGAAGCCAGCAUUGGAAGUGGAGCUGGGACUGGAACCUACACUCCAAUUAUGGAACACAGGUGUUCUAAGUAGCAUCUCAACCACUGUGCCAAACGCCCUCUGCAAUGUGCCAUGUGGUACAUUGAAAUUGACCCAGUGAAGGCAGAAAAACUGUCUCAUUUAGUUUUGAAUUUCCCAGAAUUUGCAUAAUAUUAGCCCAAAGAAUUUAAUACAUACUGAACCAGAUGAACUGUCAACAUUUCCUGCUAUCCACUUCACAUACAAAUCUUAGUUUAAUCCAGUGAUGAAGACAUCUGGCUAAAAAACGGAAAUAUUUGGCAAAGCAAAACUUUACUCACAUUUUUACAACCACAAAAGUUUUCAUGUACUCUGAUAAGUCUGGAUCACAAUUCUGCUAAGUUAUACAAUAUGAACUGCACAACUUUCCAUCCUUUUCUAAGUCCCAAAACCUAUUAUGCAGUUUUAAAAAUAGCUGUUCACUGAAAUCUUGAAAUAAAGUUCUGUAAAAACACUCUGACUGGAAAUUUUUAGGAGAUAUCUCAGUCUAGGUUCUCUUCUGAAAGCAUAACUUUCAACAAAAAGUUGUAUAUAGCUAUUUUAUUGAAGAGACAUUAUCAGCAGUGAGGGAAAAGCAGAAUGAAAUGGGAAGGAAGGAAAAGCAACACACGAGUUCACCACCGAGCCGGUCAGCACAGCUGGCAGCUGCGGAUCAAGCUGCCGGGACUUCGUGGGGAACGUGCCUUCCAGCACAGGAGAGGAAUGUGUCCACAGCUCCUGUCCACUUUGGCUGAGGGACGCCACAGGGGAUGUUAACGCUGCUCUCACCCACACUCCACCCUUGAGGAGACUAAAUGCCCCGUCAGCCGAUACCUUCACAAGUGUCCCCGCAGCUGUCACUGAAAUCAGAGGGCAGGCUGGGAGCGCGAGGCAGGGCACAAAAGGCUUUGUAACAGAGGAGAUAGCCGUAAUGAUACUGUUUUGUCUGAUUCUUUUUGUACAUUUUUGAAAUUACUCUAUUUUUAACUUGGAAAAUUGUGCCAUGGAGAAUUCCACAUGAGUAUACAGUUGAAUGAUUUCUCAUUGGUUUCCUAAUGUGCUGUGUAUUUCCAUUUAUAGACCAUUUAUUCCUUCUAAUUUGUUCUCACAUUUCUCCUUAUACUUUUCCAUUAUUAAGCAAUUGGAUUAAUAUUAGUGGUUUUUCAAAUUUUAACUUAAUGUCCACUUUAACAUUUAGUAUUCUUGCCUUAUACUUGGAUUUGUAUACUUUUUAUAGAUUCUGGAGCUGACUGUCUAGAUAACUUCUAGCAUUUCUCAUUUCAUAAUUGAUUGCCUCAGAGAUCAGUUUUAUAAAUGAUUGCUUUUGAUAUAGAGUAAUCUCAUCCUCUAAGUAGUUGCAGGUUUUCGCAACAAAAAAUAAUAAAUAAAAUGUCUUUAGAUUUUCUGUUUAGAAGAUUAAAAUAUUUCUUAAUACUGGUGUAUUAAAUACCCUUUUCACUGAUGCUUGUAAAUUUCCUUUAUAUUUUGAA